AUGGCUGCUAUCCAGAAAUUGAACACUGACAUUGAGCCACUAGCGGAUCAUAUUAUGCAGGCCCUGCUCCAAGUUUUUUCGACUCGCAAUGCAGCUGCUGCUGAGGAAGCAUUUAUGACUGCUGGUGCUUUGGCUAAUGUUGUUGGCGCCAAGUUUGAGAUUUACAUGCAAUACUUUGGUCCUGUCGUGCUGAUGGGCCUAAAGAACAGCGAGGAAUACAUGGUUUGUAGUGUUGCGGUGGGCGUUGUGGGCGACCUUUGUCGGGCUCUGGAGGGCAAGAUUCUGCCGCUAUGCGAUGAAAUUGUAGCUGCCUUGAUCGAAAUUUUGAAGAAUCCGACACUAAAUCGCUCCGUAAAACCACCAGUUCUUUCGUGUUUUGGAGAUAUUGCACUGGCUAUCGAAGGUGACUACGAGCGCUAUGCAGUGUCUUCUCUGCAAAUGAUCCUACAAGCAGCUGGGGCGUGCGGAUCCAUUGCGACUGAUGAUGAAGAAAUAGUUGAAUACAUGAACCAGCUGCGCGAGAGCGUGCUUGAGGCGCUGACUGGUAUUGCGCAGGGUCUAGGCGCCGCUAAUAAGGCCUCUAUGUUGCUAGAGUGCGCACCGCAGAUUGGAGCAUUUCUUGCUACACUGGCGAGCGAUACUACGACGCGAUCCGAUGCGGUGACGACCAGUGCUGUGGGAUUGAUCGGUGACAUGGGGCAGGCAAUGGGCAAGGCGGUGGAGACGCUGUUUCACCAGCAAUUUGUGAUUCAGCUUGUGACCGAAUGUGCGAACGACACACAAAAUCCGCAGGCGCAGCAAUUGGCGGCGUGGACGCAAAAGGUGAUUAUGGACGUUCAGGCCAACUAA